UUUGUGACCCUGGGCAAGUCACUUCACCACUCUGGGUCUCAGUUUCCCCAUCUGUAAAAUGGGGACAAGGACUCUUGUGAGGUUGAAAUGACUUAAUAAUACGCAUUAAGUUUGUAGAAUGGGAUCUGGCAUAAAGUAGGGGCUCGUUAAGAGUAAAGGCAGUGGGUUCCUGACAAAUGCAAGGGCUGACCUAAGCUUGCUGCACAACCUUGAGAAUGAAAUCUUCUCCCCGCAGCCCACAGGCCGGGCAUGGCCUGUCCCCGUCCCCUCCCUGCCCUUACCUCCUCCCGCACUCACUCUGCUCCAGCCACACGGGGCUGCCUUGAUGGUUCCUUCAACAAGCCAGCCAUGGCCCUGUCCCAGGACCUUUGCACUUGUGCUGUGUCCUCAGAUCUCCAGGCUGGGCCAGGGUUUGUUUACAUGCCCCCAUGUCGGGGAGCUCAUUCUCCAUCACCACCACCAACAGUAAUAAUAAUGGCACUAUCAAAUACCACCAACAGUGUAAGGCCCUGGUUAUAACCCCACAGCAUUUGCUCCCCCCCCAUGUGGCGUGUGUCGUGUCAAAGAACCAGGGUGUGAAUCCCAGAUCCUUUCCUAGCUGUGCCCUUGGCCGAGCCCCUCUCUCUGUUUUAUGCCUCAGUUUCCCCAGCUGUAAAAUGGAGGUUAUAAUGCCUCCUUCGUGGUCUCAGCACCUGGUCUGGUACACAGCAAGCCCUUAAUAGGUGUCCUUUGUUACUUACUGUCUGCCAUAGUUCCAGUGCCGGUGCAUCCAUGGGGCGGGGGGGAGACGGUCCCAGCCUUACUGCUCUUAACCACGCUCCACCCAACCCCCGCGCGCCACCGCAUGCAAACGAGAUGCAAAUAACACGCAAAUAGCUGCUCAGCGCAGCUCUGGCCGGCCUGCGCAGCCCGAAACACGCGCGUGGGGGCGCCCCGCAUCCCGCGGCCGAGCCCAGGCGCUGACCGCCGUCCAGCUGGGCUUUCAGCUCUCCGUGUAAAUGUUUACACCGGGCCGGCCGCCAGGCCCCGCGAGGGCCGACACCAGGCAGCCGGGCGGGGAAUGUAAACGCGGGCUGGAGGCCGGCCGCUCAGUGGCGGGGAGCUUCUCGGAUAGGGUGGAGGUGUGGAGGUGCGCCUGGGUUAUUAAACAUCUACUGCGAGAAUGACGCGACUAGGCAGCCACAACACUGAGUAAUCGGUGCCCUAAUGGGGGACGCUUAGGGCACUGUGGGGGCCCAGAGAGUGCCCCUGCGCCGGCCUGGGGCUGGUGGGGAGGAGCAGUCAGGGAAGGCUUCCUGAGGGAGCCGCUGUCCAAGCUAAGACUGAAAAUGGAAUGGGAGUGGGAAGCAGUGGAGGAGAGAAUGUUCUGGAUGGAAGAAUCCGCUUGUGCAAAGGCCUGGAGGUGGGUCGAGGGCAACUGUAGUCCUUUGCUGCCCACUUCUGGGCAUCAGUUUGUCUGGAGGGGAAACCUAGGCUCAGACAAGGUCAGGAAGUCACUCCAAAGACAUCAACAUGUCUCAACCCCAGGGCUCUGGCCUCCCAGACUGUAUUCUAAGCACCACCUCUCCUCGCCGUCAUGGCGCCACAGUGCCCCCUGCUGGGAAUGUCCUCACCUCCGUCUACUCUUCCCCCAAUUCACUGGGCUCCAGCCACCCCAGCCUCCUGGCUGGAUUGGCCAUCUGGGGUCACGGCCCAGGACCUUUGCACUGGCUGUUUCCCCUGCCUAAGGUGCCGUUCUCUUCUGCCUGGCCAACUCCUACCUUUGUUCAGGUCUCAACUUUCCUCAAUCCUCAGGAAAGCACUCUGAGACCCCCAGAUGGGGGUGGUUCCCAGGUUACCCCUGGCACAGUGCCCACCCCGUCCUUGGCAGCGUUCUUCACAACCUUGUUCAGUGGUUCCUUGAUGAAUCACUUCUAUGGUAUGACUGAUCAUUAAGCAGGAGUGGUUCAAAAUCAGGGUCCCCACUGUACCUCCGGUGCCUGGUCCAGCACCCCGUGCCCGUUCAUUUGUUGCCUGACAGACUGACGGAGGCCGUGUGGCUGACCAUCCCGUGCACGCAGGCUGAGGAUGCAGCGCUGGAAGGCGGCGGCCUUGGCCUCGGUGCUCUGCAGCUCCGUGCUCUCCAUCUGGAUGUGUUGGGAAGGCCUGCUCCUCAGCCACCGCCUCGGACCCGCGCUUGCCCCGCUGCGCCGGCCGCCUCGCACCCUGGACGCCCAAAUCGCCCGCCUGGCCCAGUACCGUGCACUGCUGCAGGGCGCCCCGGACGCGGUGGAGCUUCGCGAACUGACGCCCUGGGCCGGGAGGUACCCGGGUCCCCGCCGUCGGGCGGGGCCCCGGCGGCGGCGCGCGCGUGCGCGGUCGGGGACCCGGCCGUGCGGGCUGCGCGAGCUCGAGGUGCGCGUGAGCGAGCUGGGCCUGGGCUACGCGUCGGACGAGACGGUGCUGUUCCGCUACUGCGCAGGCGCAUGCGAGGCGGCCGCGCGCGUCUACGACCUGGGGCUGCGGCGCCUGCGCCAGCGGCGGCGAGUGCGGCGAGAGCGAGUGCGAGCGCAGCCCUGCUGUCGCCCGACGGCCUACGAGGACGAGGUGUCCUUCCUGGACACGCACAGUCGCUACCACACGGUCCACGAGCUGUCGGCGCGCGAGUGCGCCUGCGUGUGACCCUACCUCACCGGGCCCGGCGAGACGGCGGCCACGCCCCCCGCCCCGACGGCACCCACCGUCCCGCCUGGCAAGCCCCGCGACAGACUGCCCAUGCACAGAAAAUGCCGUCGAGGGCUCAGGACUCUCGCGAUAACUGUACCAAGAUAAAGUGUGGAAAAUCGAG